UGCAACCUGAAUUGCGUCCAUGACGGGGGACUCAUCGUGUCAAAACCAUUAAUGCCGGGAUGGGGUGACAUGAAAUGUAUUGAUCGCAUUGGGACAGAUGGCCUCGGCAGAUAUAAAAGUCAAGUCCUGUUUCGGACGGAAAGGUAGUUUGGAACCUGAGGUGCUCUCAUCAUGAUCUCUGUCGCGGUGUUGUCCUUCCUGGCUGUGAUGUGCUCCACAUGGAGUAGUAACGCCUUUCCACUUUACUCAGAUACACCACUGGAAGCUCAAGAGGACCUGCUGGGGAAACUGGUGGAGGAGGUGGAGGAGAGCCAGAGCAGAGAUGCAGGCGAGUCGAGAGGAGUCAAAAGCAUCUACCCCCUACUUCUGGACCAGGGCAGAGAGAGUCUGGGGAAAGGUGAGAAACAAUCUUUGGAACAAGAGAAAAUCAGCAACAUGGUGGAUGGCCUAAAGGAAGUGGUGAUGAAGCUUGCGGCAGCAAACAAACUUCGCUCCCAGGGAUUCACACGGUCUGACCAGAGCUUGCCAAAAAAUAAUAAAAGAGCUUGUUUCUGGAAGUACUGCGUCACAAACUGAUGGGAGUUCAGUGGAGAGGGAAACCUCUGAGCUCGUCUGUAUAAAAUCAUCCAUCAUAUGCUCAUCACUUGCCGUAGCCAUCAAAUAACUAUCAGACGUCCUUAACACAAUGACUGUUUUAUAGUGUUCAAAAGCUGUCAUAAAUAAAGGAUAUAUUUUUAAUGAACUUGA